GUCAAGUGUGCCACGUAUGAAGAAUUGAGAUUUCACACUGUCCACACGCACCACACAGACAUCGAUGAACAGACAGGUGAACUCGUGUGUGCCCCAACAGCAUCAGCUACCUGACGGCCACGAUAGACAGACAGACACCCAAAGAUCUACACGUCCAUGUGAGCAUGCAGUCCCCCUCCCUCCUUCCUUACGUCCGGCGGCGGGAAACCUCGACCAGCGACCAGAGGGGGUCGGUCAUCCAUUCGCUGGUAGCCAGGGUCGUGUCCCUUAUCUUGUUGACGGCGGCCAGGAACUCUACCCCGUCUCGCAUGCAGACCAUGAUGACCACCUCGUUUGUCGACCGCACAAACUGCUGCAGCAUCGUGUCCAUCUGCUCCCACGCAAUGGCCUCGGCGAGCUCUGAGUAAUAUACACAUAGAGGGAGACAGAGACAGAGACAUUGUAAUUCGUCAAUUGAUGGGCUAGUUGCGUCUGUCUCGUUUGCUUACGCUCGCGAAGGAUGAUGCGAAGGGAUUCGGUCUUGGGCAGCUGGCCCCCAGCGCUCGCCCGCGCCCACUCAUCCAGCCCGCCCACAUUCCCACCCGCCACGCCCACUAUCUGCACCACCCUGAGCACUGUCCCGCCGCCGCGCAUGGCACUCAUCAUCUGCAGGGCAUCCGACCCCUGCACGCCAUCCGCCCACACAGUAGACCGCGCCGCCAUGCGGAUCUUGCCCGCCGUCAGCAGCCGGAUGGCCGCCGCACAGCCGAACGAACCGCCUACGCUCAGCCAGCUGAGUGCAUUCGGGAAUGCCGAUGGGGCGAUGUGGUCGAUGACCGACCACACGGGGGAAUUUGUUGCGGGAGCUGGACUGAAUGGGAUGCCGAGGGGAAGGUGUUGCUCGAUGGACAACUUUUCUGUCGCCUUGCUGAAGACGAUGCUCUCUGCUAGUGCCUGCUGGUCGGGUGUGAGGGGAGUCGGGUGCUCGAUGUAGGUCACGUCCGGCGCCCACAUGACAAUGGUGGCGUGCGAGGCGAGCUGCCGCAGCAUGGCCUUCAUCAGGGGGGAGGGGGCGGGGAUGCGAUGCAGCAGCGACAUGUCGAAGCAGAGGCUGCCCCGGGCCGCAAAGCUGACCGACAGCUCGGCCGCCGUGGGAAGGCCGAAUGGGGGAAUUGCGGCAGGGAGGAAUCCUUCGAUGGCCCGGAGGGUGGGCAGGGUAACCUUGGUGCCCGAUCGGCAAAUGAAGCCAAGAUGCUGCAGCUUCGAGCAGCCCCGCGACUUGAGCGCGUCCUACAAAGACAGCGGUAAGACACAGGCAGCGACAUGACGGAUAUCUCUCUUGUGCUCUUUGCGCCUCACCCGAAGUCUGUCGAUGCUUUGUGCGUCAGCAUCCCACCCGCCCCGCACCAAACCGAGGCCACGGAUGUGCCGCAGACGCGCGAGCUUGGAUGACCCCUCGCCUGGGAAUCCCUCGAUCACACCAGCUACAUCGCCAACACCAGUGCCGCCAACAUCUAAGGACUCCAGCCGAUCGGACGUGCCGCAGAACGCCCCAAACGACCCCUCAGCCCCCCUGAAGUGCUCGAGAGCCGGCAUGCGCCACCGUCGAGUGUCGAACAGGUGACGGUGGUCCUGGGCGGCACCCUUGAUGGACUUUAGGGACGGGAGGGUGAAGGAGGGGAGGAGGAGGAUGGGCGAAGGAGGUGUGUGGGGGGCCGUUCGGGGAAGGCUGGCGCGCUGGACCUCGCUGUCGACAAAAGUGAGUUCCUCGAUCCCUCCACCCUGCCAUCCGGUCUUCCUCCUCUCCUCCACGCCGCGCGAGUGCCCCUCGAUGAAUGACGACCAGUCGCCCAUCCACCAGUGAGGGGAGUGGUGGGGGUGCCGCACCACCACGGUCUUGAGGUUGAUGGCACACUUGCCGAUCUCGAAUGCGGCGGCGGGGGGCACCGACUCCCACUCGUCGUGGCAUCUGAAGUCGAAGACUAUGCGGUCGCAGUGGGGGGCGGCGGCCUUGGCGAGCUGCCAGAAGGAGUGCAUAUGGUCAGCAUGUGGCCGCUGGCGUCCACGUUGCCGUACACACGAUCUGCCGCCUGCACAGAUACCACACACAUGCAGGGAAGGGACAGGUGAAGAAGUGGGAUUCGCUGCAUGGUGUUUUGCGUGCAGUGGUGUGUGCGCACCGGUGGCUCGGGGAAUGGCUGUUUGCCGCUGAGUUUGACGAGCCGGUACGACGAUGCUCGGCCAUCCUGGCACACCAUACAACACAGAUAAACACGGGUGUGAGAGGUCUUGUUGGCCUCUCCCACGCCCACAGGCCGCAUACCUGUGCUGAUGCUGAUGCAGGGAUCUGGGUCAUGGGCAGGAGGGUGUUGGCCGCACUCAACAGCGACGCCUCUGCAGCCUUCACCUUCUCGGCCGCCUGACGAAGACGCUCCGCUGCAGAACCGCCGUCAUCCUCCUGGACACAGAAAGGUUAAGGAGAGGAGAGGAUGUAUGUGUGCAGCUGUGUGUGACCUGUGCUGCUUUGACUGUAUGCACCUGGCCAGCGUGUUCAUUGUUGUGCCUUUGAAUGGGCGUUUCGCACUCCGACUUGAGAGCUCGAGAGUGCUCAGCCUGCAGAACUCGCCCAGCCCAACUAAUCUGCAGUGACAGGAGAAAGAGAGAAGAUGCGAUCUCUGUGGUGGUGAGGUCUGGUGCGGCCAGCUCACCUGUUCAAUGUGUGUCCUGAGAGACUCUACCACCUCCUCCACACUGCCAUCCACCGCCACCUCGUCACCCACAUCAGCCCCGUGCCCGACAGACUCCCCCCUGCCGCCACUUCCCUUCGGCCGCAACAACGCACCCGCUGCCGUCACACUCGACCCGAACACGCCGAGACUCUGCGGCGGCAAGGGGGGACGGUUGGCGAAGCCGAGCUGCCGAUUCGAGGUCAUGGGAUUGUAGAUCGGGUGUGGAUGGAUUUGUACUGCGGAGGGAGGGAGGAGGGGAGCCGGAGGGAUGUGCGAUGGAACGCCGGGGUGCAGGUGGUGGUGCAGGUGAUGCGGGUGAGGGCGGCCAUACACGGGUGAUGUGGCGGGCGGUGUGGGGACGAAGAAUGCUGGGAACGCUGAAAUGAAUGAAAUACAAGAAGCAUCCGUCCGACGUGUUCAAUCGAUGUGUGUGUUGAUGUUCCUGGCUCGCCUGUCGGGGCAUUGUGCCUUCCGGCUGUCGUCCCACGGGACGACGGGCCAACAGAUGCAUCGUCGUGCGACCGUCCUGGAUCCAUUUGGCCAAUCAGCUUCCAGAGAUCUCGAUGCCGCUACCAAACCACCUGGUUACACGCGGCGCGAGGCCCUUUUUGUGGCAGUUUUGCGUGAGAAAAAACCAUCGC